UUGAUUUUGGAGCAUGUCAGCAAUUCUUUCGAUAAGAUUGGAAGAUUUUUAGCCGGAAAAUAUACAGUGAGUUUUAUUUUAUUGAUUUUUUCUUCAAAAUAAUUUGUUUUCUUGAAGAUAUUCUGCGUUUCUCAAAGGAAAAUCUACGAUUUUUGCUCAACAAUUUUUGAUUAUGAAAUCGGAUGGAAAUUUGUUCGUUUCAAACUGAAAUUCAAGAAAACAAAUCGAUAUACCAAAUGAUAUGUUGGAUUCCGAGACUCUGCACGAUAUUUCGAUUUGAUUUCGAAAAAUUUUGAUGGAUUUCCUGGAAGGUUAGUUGAUUUUCCGCUCAAAAUCAAUAAUUUUCUAUUUUUUUGCAGAUUCCCUUUUUGGCACAAGAAGAGAAACGAGAAAUGGAGCCACUUGUUGAUUUUUCGAUUGCUGGAAUUGUGGCGAGAGGUUGGUGAGGUUUUGGGGCGAAGAUUUGGGGAGUUUUGAGCAAAAAAUCGUGAUUUUUUGAGCAAUUUCAGUCAAAUAUUCUUAAAUUGACUGUCCAUUGCUCAUGUUAGGUCAAAAUUGCUCCAUUUUAAGUCGAAAUUUCUCAAUUUUCACUACGAAUUCUGAAUAUUGAGCUAAAACAAGAUUUUGAACGCCUUUUCAGUUUAAUAUGAGCAAUCCUAUGAUUUUUUUUUUCUUUAGAAAUGAUAUUUUUUUUACUAUAGUAUGAGCAAUUCUUCGAAAAUUUUGAAGCUAAUCUGAGCAAUCCUAUGAAAAAGAAUUUGCAGAAGAAUCCGGACGUGCGGUAAGCGGAAAAGUGCCAGCCAAAUGUCAAAAAAUUGCGAAAAUUUGUGGGAAUGGUGAGAUUUUGAUGCCGAAAAUUUUGCAGACAAAUUUUUCAAAUUUUUUUAGAAUCGGAAAUGCUGAAAUCCCCUACGAAAUUAUUAUAA